AUGCCCGGCAGGGCCCAACGGCCAACAUUUGUUCCACCAACAUCCGAAUCCAAUUUUGACCAUGAUCGCAAAAAGAAGGACAUUCACAAUGGGAUUGAACGCCUUCGUCGCAAUAAUAUCAAAGACCGCAUCAACGAAUUAGGGCUUUUGCUGCCUAAAGAAGCCUCCAAAGAGAUGAAGCUGAACAAAGGGACGAUUCUCAAAGCAUCUUGUGACUACAUUCGACAAUUGGAAAAGGGUCAAUAUCAACAACAGAACAAAUUGGAAAGCGCUGCGAAACAGUACGCCGAUCGAGUCAGGGUU